AGUAUCAAGUAUAUCUAGUCUCACAUGUUAUGACUAGUUUGUCUACAGUUACUUUAACAAACUUUUUUAAUAAAUAAAAUUUUUAAUCUACGAAUCCUGUUACCUUUAUCUAGGAUCAUGCUGCUACAUGGGCUGUCAAAAGAUUGAAACCCAACUUACAUAUUUACCUUUGCUGAGUUUGUACCCAGAUCACAUUGUGAGCUUUUUUUUUUUUUUUGAAGAACCAGCCAACAAGUCGAAAAACAACGACACCGCACUCCAGGAGCUACCGAGAGGACGGUAGCAUGAUAGACGUGGAGGGGAAACGGCAGGAAGAGGGCCUGUGUCUGCAUUUUACUGCGCCUACACCGAAUACAUUGAGUCGGUAACCAACGUCCGACAUGGGGAAGGAGGUAAAUGGUGUUUCGCGGAGCCGGUUUGAGAUGUUCACAAACAGUGAUGAGGCGGUCAUCAAUAAGAAGCUACCCAAGGAGCUGUUGCUACGAAUCUUCUCCUUUCUGGAUGUGGUGACACUCUGUCGCUGUGCCCAGGUCUCACGGUCCUGGAAUGUUCUGGCCCUGGACGGCAGCAACUGGCAACGAAUUGACCUCUUCGACUUCCAGAGGGACAUAGAGGGUCGGGUGGUUGAGAACAUCUCAAAGCGAUGUGGGGGUUUUCUUAGGAAGCUAAGCCUGCGGGGGUGCCUUGGUGUGGGCGACAGCGCCCUGAGGACUUUCUCACAGAACUGCAGGAACAUUGAGCUGCUUAGUCUGAACGGCUGCACCAAGAUCACUGACAGCACGUGUAAUAGCCUCAGUAAGUUCUGUCCAAAGCUGAAGCACCUGGACCUUGCUUCCUGUACCUCAAUCACCAACCUGUCACUUAAAGCUCUCAGUGAGGGCUGUCCCCUGCUGGAGCAGCUCAACAUCUCCUGGUGUGAUCAGGUCACCAAGGACGGCAUCCAGGCCCUGGUGCGCUCCUGCCCUGGACUCAAGGGCCUUUUCCUCAAGGGCUGCACACAGUUAGAAGAUGAGGCUCUGAAGCACAUUGGGGCUAACUGUCCAGAGCUGGUCACACUCAACCUACAGACAUGUUCACAGAUCACAGAUGAGGGCCUCAUCACAAUUUGCAGAGGUUGUCACCGCCUGCAGUCUCUGUGUGUGUCGGGCUGUGCCAACAUCACAGACGCCAUCCUUCACGCCCUGGGACAGAACUGCCCCCGCCUCAGAAUAUUAGAAGUGGCUCGCUGCUCUCAGCUUACAGAUGUGGGUUUCACUACAUUAGCAAGGAAUUGUCAUGAGCUUGAGAAAAUGGAUUUAGAAGAAUGUGUGCAGAUCACAGAUGGAACGCUCAUCCAGCUGUCUAUCCACUGCCCUCGUUUGCAAGUCCUGAGUCUGUCACACUGUGAGCUGAUCACCGACGAUGGCAUCAGACACCUCGGCAGCGGCCCCUGCGCUCACGACCGUCUGGAGGUGAUCGAGCUGGACAACUGCCCCCUGAUCACAGACGCCUCACUGGAGCACCUGAAGAGCUGCCAUAGUCUGGAUCGCAUUGAGCUGUAUGACUGCCAGCAGAUCACCCGCGCUGGUAUCAAGAGACUAAGGACCCAUCUGCCUAACAUCAAAGUGCAUGCAUACUUCGCUCCCGUCACUCCGCCCCCCUCCGUCGGGGGCAGCCGUCAGAGGUUUUGCCGCUGCUGCGUCCUGCUAUGAUGUAAAGACAACGACCCCCUUCCCUGUCCUCGUGUCCCUUGUACACGCUCCCCGCAGCCCGUCACUUGACCCCUGACCUGCUGUCCCCCCUCCCGGCCCCCUGUCACAGAGUACACGCUGGUGUCCCCUUUUUUUUUUUGGAGCUGCAGAGAGAGGGAGAGAGCCAACGCUUACAGGGUCUUGGGUAACUUUUCCAAAAAAACAUUUCCAACUCUCCCCACCACACACACACACACACACACACACACACACACACACACACACACAGCCUCUUACACAAGCUGAUGUGCAGAUUCACUUACACAUGAAUGUCAGAACAUUUCUGGGCUGUGUUCAGUGGACAAACCAGUAUUAUAAAGAGGGUUAUGUAAAAAUCAAACGUGAUCACCACCGUUAAAGGAUUUACAAAAAAAGUGCAAAAGAAUUGUUAAAAAAAUGACACGACAAGAUCUUCACAUCAGAAACCAUUGUCCUUUAUGUACGAGACAAAUUACAGGGACAGCUGGAUAUUAAAUAGUCCUGAAAGAUCCCACUUCACCUCUCACACACUCUUCCCUCUGUGCUGAAGAUCACUUAAACGCUACCUCUAGACGGGAACUGCACUUGAGUUAAGACCUGUGUUAGUUUUGUUCUGCAGGCUGUUCAUUUCAAACAGGAGCAGCAAGUAAACUGUAAACUGGCUAUAUCCCAAACACACACACACACACACACACACACACACACACACACACACACACACACACACACACACACGAAGCAGCAGGAAGGCUGUUUUGUGAUUAAAAAAAAAAAAAAAAAGAAAAAAAGAGAAAAAAAGCAUACUUGCAGCUAUUUGCACUUACAGUAAAAGCAAUGAUGAGACACUUUAAAAUGACGACCAUCUCGAAAUUUAAGACUGGCAUUUUACUAACAACACACACCAAUACAAGUCUUCACUUGAAUGCAUACACUGAGCUUGCUUCACCUGUACCCUCACCUCUCUCUGACUCUCUGUUACAAUCAGAAGCUUCAAUAUACUGAAGAGGAAAAAAAGAACACAAAGUUUAAUAUUUUUAUAAAAAUGGACAGCUAUUAAGACUCACACGUGGGGACUCGAGAAGAUGCCAAAUGUUGCAUGUAACACCUCUAGUUUUUUAAAAUCUAACUGUACAUAUAUGAGGACUGUGGGAGUCCGAGUGUGGAAGCCCGCUAAACGACAGAUGACGAUAUGAGACGGGGCAAAGGUUGCCGUCGAUGGGUCUUUCUGAGGGAACCGCGGCGAAGCUCACAUGUGCUCGUUGAAGCACAGAUAUGUGUGAGGACGUGCGCUGGAGCUUUUGGAGAGUAAAAAGCAGCCAGUAGUCAAAUCUGGAGUUUUGACGGAUGAACUGAUGCUGGCCUGUGAAAAGUUAUAAAGACACUCUUUUGACAGAUGGAGAAAAAAAAAAAAAAAGACAUCACUACAUGAACUCAUGCUUUCAGACCAGGACAAUGGAAAGAAAAAGCCAACUGAAAACAAUCAAAGUCUAUUUUCAUUUAGUUUGAUUUCAUUUAGUUGCUCUUGUUUUCGCAUCGGCGAUGGUUCCUGGCCACGAGGAACUGGUGAACCACAACGCAGCGGCGAGAGGAUGUGCCCGACGUCGGAGCCCGGCGUCGGCAACUCCUCAACUCCCAUGAGGCCUUGCAGGGGACAGAGUGACAGCGUGUUACACCCUGCCACCUGUGACGUCCCCCGUCCGCCUGUGACCGGUGGAGGCACUGCAAGAGGAAGUCGACUGAAGCUUGAGCGCACAAUUCUGGCCUGCUGACAGAUAUGAUGGAAGGAUUUUGGUCAGAGCAGAGGGCUAUAAUGGACUUCAGCCCCCAGGUCUAUGAAGUACUGAAGCCUUUUCUUAUGGAAUAUCUUCUCCUGCACUUGCACCUGCUUUAUUCUGUGUCUCUUUUCUUCCCAUUUCAUUUUAUAAAUGUGUCUUUUACUGCGUUUCUUUCUGAUUUCCUCUGGAUCUCUACCUGUUCUCUUUUCUUUGCAUCUCUGUUUUGGUGUGGUUUGGAUUGCGCCUGCUUUGUGUUUUGAAGUCACGAGUUCAGUGUCUCAAAGUUGAGUUUCGAGCCCUCUUCCAGUCCUCAGUUUGGACCUGAGGGAGUUUGUGUUUUUAUUCAGAGUUUAUUGUUACUAAAUUUCCAGAGUGUAGCCUUUGUCCAGGAGGGAGUGUUGGCACCAGUGCAAUUGUAAUCAAUGUUAAAUGUGAGUUGGACAUUUUAAAUGUGAGUGGAGGAGGCGUUCACGAUGACAUGUCUGUAUGAUGUAGGUUGAACUUUUUUGAAUGUUUCCAUCAAGGAGAAGUCCUCAGGAUGGCUUUAGCAGAAACAGGUUUUUCUCCCAUAAGUGUGCUUUCCUCUCCUUUUAAAUUUUUUAUGGCUUGCUUUUCCCGAACACCCCCCCCCCCCCCCCCCCCUUAAUGCACCCUGCCCAAAAACAUCAAGCAAGACAGACAUUGGUUGACCCAGUCUCGAAUGUUGAUCGCUCUCAAACGUCCCCGUUCUGGUUUAAGAUUCAUGCCAACAGGGCAAAACGCUGAAUGAUGAUUCUGUUCAGUUUGUGAUUUGACGGCUAACGACAGGCAGAAUAACACAAGCUGAGAUGAAUCUAGUGUAAUCCAGUCUGAUCUGUUUUGUUUGAAUGGGGGUUUAUGGAAGGAUUAGGGAACAACCAAGAGUAGUGGCGGAGGUAUCUAGUGUACUCUUGUCGCUGUGCUUUGGGGUUAAGAUCAUUAACUGGAGGAAAAAGGAAAAAGUCACAGGAUUUAGACUUUGAUCCUGGAUGUAACACCUGCCUGCCCUGUUCAUGCACCGUAAGUGGCGCAGGCUGAGUCAUCAGUGCAGCAGACAACAUGUGCUUUCAAGGCAAACACUUUGAAUGGAUUACAGGUAAUAAUACACAACCUGCUCCUGAUGGUUUUAUUUGUGCAAAAAAAACAAAACAAAAAAAAAACAAACCUGCCAUCAGCCUUUUCAUGGUACAAAAAAAAAACACUACAGGAUCUAUAAAGCAAAACAGAUUUAUUUUCCUCACAUUAUCAAACACCUCUGUGUCCUUCUGUCACACCUUCCACCAGUUUACAUAAAGGAGGCGCAGCAGCGCUAUGGAUCAGUCUGUUUCAUGCAUGUUUGGUCCCAAACACUGGAGAAAGGUUGAAGAUUAGGACAGAGGGCAAGAGGUGAAUCUACAGUGUGUUCAUGGUAGAUUGACACCAGGGAAAUUUCAAAAACAAUUUUGACAAUGACUGUAGUUCAUAUAAUUACUGUAAAUCUUUUCCUUUUUUCUUUUCUUUCUUUUUUUUUUUUCUUUUUUUACAAUUAACCGAUAUAAAUGAAUAUGUACGUAUGAAUAAAUAUAUACCUAUAUUAUUAAGA